UUCUAAUCGGUGCUUCUUCUCUUACGGGUGUGACAGCCGCCGAGAAGCGUGCCUCUGUGAUAGUUAUUUGACGCUAGCGAGGAGCUUGUAGAAAAUCUUGCCCGAGACUGGUCUUUUAGUGAAUUUGAAAGGCAGGGUCGGAGCGAGAGGCAACCACGCUGCGCCGAAAACGAAGCAGCGGCUGUGUUUCGUUCCUUUGAAGCUGGAAUUACGCUUGUCAGUCUCUCUUUUCUGGAUAAACUGGUUGUCGUAGAGAUAUCUUAUCGUUUGGCAGAUAAGAAAAUCAAAUUUCUUAGUUCUUUUUUCGGUAGAGGAAUCGUUUGACACAGAUCCGAGGGUUGGCAGUUCAUCUUUAAAGACACUUUCGACAGCCUUCCUGUUACCAAAAUAUUUUUGGCCUCAUUUUUUUCUGAAGUGUUUUUGCUUAUGUAUUUUAAUUCCACAGUACCUAGAACAUUUUACCUCUGAUAAUAGUUGAUUCCAAUAAGUCUGACUAAGCUCCUCGUCCUCUGACAGAUUUCGGCAGUUUCUUUAACUCUAAAUUGUGGAACUAACUUUGACCUCGAAUACCCAAAUUACCCAAAGACCCCAAAUACCCCGGAGACUCUUGUUGUGACAGCAGACAGCCAGUCAGUCAUGGCCAGAGCAGCAGACAGCCUAAGGACCGCGACCCUGAUAACUGUCAUCCUUCAGCAAGGCAUUUUAUCGGCAGUCAUGCUGGGGUCGGCUGGUUAUGUGACGCACCUGGAUGUCCCUCUGAAUGCCAUCCGCUACACCAACCAGACUCUCACCUGUAAUUAUGACCUGGGCUCCGAUGCACUCUACACCAUCAAGUGGUAUUUCAACGAUGAGGAGUUCUUCAGGUACACACCCAGUGAAGAUCCCAUGAUUGCAGCUUUCGACAACUCAAAUAUCCAAGUCAUUAUGGAGGAGUCGGAGGAGAACAAGGUGGUUCUCCGUGAAGUGGACCUGACUGCAUCCGGCCAGUACAAGUGUGAGGUUGGCAGGGACUGGCCCGAAUUCACGUAUGAUGACAAGACAGCCAAUAUGACAGUUGUUGUGAUACCCAAUGAGCGACCCAGGAUCGAAGGGGUUGUAGACGGUCACUUUCGUGUAGAUGACCUUGUUAAUCUGAAUUGCACAGCUGCUCCUUCCAUGCCAGCUGCUGCUAUGAAAUGGAUUAUCAAUGAUGUUGAUGCUCCUAAAGAAUACCUGCGAGAGUAUAGUCACGUGAAGACUGCAGAUGGACUCUACAUUUCUACCUUGGGACUUCAUUUUAAACUUGCCAAAGAACACUUCAAGCAAGGAGAACUGAAACUGAAGUGCACAGCCACCAUUGAGGCACUCUACCACAAGGUAGAAGAACAUAGCCAGGUCAACCCAACUGGCACUGUUGUCAGGGAACUACCACCAGAAGGAAGUCUUGUUACUGCUAAUGGCCCUCCUAGCUCAGGCUCAGAGACGAUGUGCAGUGCACUGCUGGAGCGACUGGCAGCUCUUCAUGUUGUCCUCCUCUUGUCAGUGCAUCUCCUGCGGUAGAUCCCAAGUGCCAUCCAUCCUCGGCCCUUCCACUGGAUUCAGAUUUGGAAAGGACACUGAUGGUGAUGAGUGAUAUUUUACAACUUUUAAGUUCAAGUGAAAAGCUUCAGUUUUACUACUUUUGAAUAACUAAUGGAACAGCUAUCUAUUAUGAAUUUAUUAACAUUUUCUGUUAAUUUAGAUGUGUGUGUGUGUGUGUGUGUGUGUGUGUGUGCGCGCAUGCGUGCAUGCAUGUGUGUGUGCAUGUGUGUGUGCAUACAUGUAAUAUAAGUAUAUGUAUAUGUAUAUUAAUUUAUGUGUGUCUGUAUGUAUAUGUAUAUAUAUAUACAUAUAUACACAUGCACAUACAUACAUAUAUAUACAUAUAAAUAUAUAUACACAGACAUAUA